UUUUAUUUUUAUUGAUCGCGAUUACAAAAUGAGUGGCGUUAUCUUUGUAUAUGAAGUCGAUACCUUCCGCGUCCACGAGGGGCGCUACUGUGCAGAUUGGGGGCGCGUCUGCGGGCGGGUUUCAAUUUCAAACCCAAACAGUCCGUGGGACGAGCCAGUGGAUUGUAAGAUAACGAUAAAACCAAAUCGUGAGCGCGUUUACUCGGAGUGUAACGUCAUUCAAGCGCCGAACCGGCGUCGCUAUCUCCAGCCGUGAUUACGGUGCACAGAAUCCGCGGAGAACAAAAAAAAAAAAAAAUCGCCGCCUCGUCUUCGCUCCAAUUUUUCCGCGCCUGGUUGAUAUUUGGAUGAGAAACCGACGCCGGGCUUGUUUUGCAGCAGGUGUGGACCGACCCGGGACCCUGUGCCACAAUACCACCAGCGAUACUCACCUGCGCUACUGUAGUUCAACUCCUUAAAGGUUAUCUGACGUUGCGAGGCACCUCUGCAAGAACCAUGCCGAGGUCCAACAGGCAACGGGAAUACAAGCCCGGAGAUCUUGUGUUUGCUAAAAUGAAGGGGUAUCCACAGUGGCCUGCGAGGAUUGACGAGUUACCUGAAGGAGCCGUGAAGACCCCCUCCAACAAGUACCAGGUGUUCUUUUUUGGGACACAUGAGACGGCAUUCCUAGGGGCCAAGGAUCUGUGCUCAUACGAUGAAAAUAAGGAGAAGUUUGGAAAAGCUAACAAGAGGAAAGGCUUUGCUGAGGGACUCUGGGAGAUUGAGAAGAACCCCACGGUCACACACGAAGGCAACGAUUCAUCGAAGAAGGACAAAGAGCCAGCAGCAGAGGACACAGUAAGUUUGGAGAAAGCCGAUGCAGAGGGCAGCAGUGAUGAGGAUGAAGGGGCCCUCGUCAUCGACGAGAAGAAUGAUAGGGGCGGAGCUAAACGAAAAGCUGAGGAGUCCACAGAGGCAUCACCCAAGCGGCCGAAAGAUGCAGAGGCAGGAGGGGAUCUUAAAGUAGAGCGCAACAAGUCUAAGGCCAAGCUCAACGAUGUGGCUGCACCCAAGGCAACUGCCCCCUCCUCCCAGAGCGAGUCGAAAGCAGAGGGCCAGGAAAAGGCUCCAGCGGGAGGCCAGCUAAAAGCGGAUAAGCCGGUGACAGACAGUGCUUAACGUCAACUCUCGGAAGAAAUCCAAGAACCGGACUCUUUUCUCUGGAAGCACCAACAUAUUUACCAGCUGAACGCCAGAUUUCAGCUGUUUAAUUAAUAGAAUAAUUUAAAAAACCUUUGUGUUUGUAUUGAGAGACAAACAAAUCCUCAUUUGCCAUUUUUGGGGUAUCAUAUAUCCCAAAAAACAAAAGUUUCCUGAUCUGAUUUCAAACAAUUGAACUGAGCACUUUAAGGCUCAUUUAUAAAUGGGAUUUUGGUGUGUAUAUAUUUUUUAUUUCUAAGUGCAAUUACAUAAUUACAAAGACUGAAGGCUAGGUGUCAACAACAUUGUUCAGUUUAGAGGGAAUAAACACUGAAAUAUAUACAAAAUAAAAACGGAGAACAUUUAAACCAUUAAAAAAAAGAUAAAUACUCCCAUCUGAUGGUUUUAAAACUUAGUGUACAGGAAUAAGAACACAUUUUCACCCAUGUUCUCAGCUUUAAUUCAUAAAAUUAAUGUAUUACUUCCGAUUUGUUUCACCUAGCUUUUCAGUGUCAUUUAAAUCACAUAUUCAGUCGUUGGAUACAUGAUGAGUUGCACUUCCAGAAUUAGUUUCCCCCCUGCCAUUGUCGAGUUCACUGUGGGAUGUUUUUAUGCAACGCAGGUUUUGUUGCUUUGAUGUCGUGAAUGCUUCAUGUGACCAAAUGUACGUAAUUCAUUUCACCAGGUUGGAUAUUUAAAGCCCAUUUGAGAAGAGCUAUUAGGAUUAUAACGCGUUUGAACCCCUCUGUAACAGUCUUCAGCUCAUGAUUGUUGGAAGCAGAAAGACAUUCCUGAAUGUGGUCGUGUCGGCACUCAGGAUCGACACUGUGGCGUUGGUCGGGGGUAAACGUUACUCAUUGACAACUUUUUUUUGGAGAAAUUAACAGGCAAAACUAUCAAAUCUCAAUUUCAAGCUCCUUUCAGCUCACGCUGCAUUCACUAAUUUGGUUUUACCAACUAGAUUCCUUCUUCAAAUGUAUUGCUGACAGUCAAUGCAAACAUAAUCUGUACAAUGUUGUGAUUUUUGGUAGGAAUUAAAAUGAGAAGACAACAGAGA